AGUCAAGAAUUAGAUUCGCACUUUUUAUCUUCCUCGCGCGAACACAAAAGGAGCAGAGGUGCAAAACACACCUCCGCGUGCGAAUCCCUGCCGCCGUUCCCCUCCGCUCGUCAGUACCAGCUGCUCGCGCUUCCCGUUGCCGGAAAUAUCAUGAAGGAGGCAGGGCCUGUUAGCAUGACCUUUGAUAUACCAAUAUAUCAUGCUUUAAGGCUUCAGGAAAGGGAUCUUAUUUCGAAGAUCAUCGAGGAGAGGAAUUCUAUUAUUAAUCAAAAUAAAAGACCUCAGCAAGAACUGACAGUUAUUAAGAGAAUAAUGGGUGGGGAUGAAGGAAAGGAGAUUAGAGGAAAUGUCUUGAAUUUGAAGGAGAAUGCAAAUGAAGGGAGCUCUUGUUUUGUUUUCAAAUUCUUGCAGCCACUCAAGUUCCAGGUCAGGAGGGUCAAAGUUGGUUUCAGGGAUCCAAGAGCAAGGAACAUUGAGGAUGUAUUGAUGCUUUUCGGGGAUCACUGCCGGUACUGAAUGAAUUACAUAGAUUUGAUUCAAGUUUACCAAGAGAGCAAAGCUGAAUUAUGUAUUGACUAUAAAAGGAGGUGUGGGUGAAAGGUUGAUUUCUUUGUUGGAGACACUAUUGACAUGUUUAUGUAGUAGUUGAUACUUUUAUUCUUAAUGAAUGAUGAUCUCUUUGAAGUAUAGAUGAUGUUCUUCUAUGAUCAUGUAGUUUACUUGUUUUGGCUCUGACUUAUAGAGAAUUUCGAUUUUUUUAAAGAUGCUGCCACCAAUGUAUCUCCAGCAGUUUCAAGGCGAAACAUGGCAACACGGAUGAUAAAUAUAUUAUUUUGUUUUUCAGUUAA